CUCUGCCAGUCGCUCAGCAGGGCAGCUCUGGGUAGCUCCGCCGCCUCCAGCUUGCAAUUAUGUUUUCCAGAGCUGCCCGGAGCCUGGUAAUGAGGACAGGAGGACUCAGGACUCGAGGGACACACAGCCCAGGAGGUGCUGCUGGCAGCCAGCGGAGGAUGACUCCCUACGUUGACUGCUAUGCCCAGCGCUCAUAUCCCAUGCCGGAUGAACCCUUCUGCACAGAGCUCAGUGAGGAGCAGCGGGCCCUGAAGGAGAAAGAGAAGGGCAGCUGGACCCAACUGAGCCAAGCAGAGAAGGUGGCCUUGUACCGGCUCCAGUUCCAUGAAACCUUCGCAGAGAUGAACCAUCGCUCCAACGAAUGGAAGACGGUGAUGGGCUGCGUCUUCUUUUUCAUCGGAUUCACGGCUCUGGUGAUUUGGUGGCAGCGGGUCUAUGUGUUCCCUAAGAAGGUUGUCACCCUGACAGAAGAACGGAAAGCCCAGCAGCUCCAGCGCCUCCUCGACAUGAAGAGCAACCCCAUACAGGGCCUGGCUGCCCACUGGGAUUAUGAGAAGAAAGAGUGGAAAAAGUGACCAACAUCACAGUCUGCCGCCUGCCCCCUGCAAACCACUUCUGCAGUCCAGGAGACCCUUUCUUCCCCUCCCCUCCCCUCCCC